UGGUCAACUGUUGCCAAUACAGAUACUUCCUUGAGUGUGGAUCAGUUCGUUGAUCAAUUAAGGACAUAUUGAUAUUUUAUAAGGUGGUUAUUAUUUCAAGCAGAACAGGAACAUAAGAUGAGCCUUUAAGAGAAAGGUAAUGAAACCAUUGACCUACUAUAGUAUUUGCGAAUCAUACUUCCUCUGGCUAUGACAAUGAAAGGAGUUUUCAUUUGUUUGAGCGUCCUUGUAACGUUCGCAGUAGCGAGACCUAAUUAUAAUGGGGAACGGCAUAUGACAUUAGGUGAUGAUAUAACUGCAAACAAACGGGUCUUUGUGGUUGGAGAUGUUCAUGGUUGCUUGGACGAAUUGAGAUUAUUACUAGAAAGAGCUGACGUAUUGAACCGUGAUAGGAAUACAAUCAAAUCGGAUGCGAUUGUUGUGUUUGCUGGUGAUAUUACAAAUAGAGGACCAAGGAAUCUUGACACUCUCAAGUUUGUGAGGAAAAGCGGUGCCUAUCAGGUUCGUGGCAACCAUGAAGACAAUCUGAAUAAUAACCCAAAUGGUUAUUCCUGGUUCAGACACGCAUCAGGAAAAGACCGCAGAUACCUACAAUCACUACCUUACACUAUAACCAUCUCCAGAUUCAACACAGUAGUUGUCCACGCUGGACUUCUUCCUGGUAAACCUAUCCAUGAACAGAGCCGAACGGUCAUGACACGCAUGCGCAAUAUUGCAUUUGAUAAUUUCGGGAAUCCUUUGCCCAUCGAAAGACCUGGCAGGGGGCGAGAAUGGGCGAGAUAUUGGAAUGGACCCCAAGAUGUCGUGUUUGGACACGAUGCUGCACGAAACCUCCAAAUAAGAUCAAAAUCGAUUGGUCUCGAUACAAAUUGCUGGAGAGGGGGCCGUUUAACUGGAGUAUUCCUACCCAUAUCUGCGAGGAAUAUUGUUUCUAAAGGGUGUGGAAAUUAUUGCCCACCAGAUGGCUCUAACUGUUAAAUAUACGUAAUGUUAAUCAUUAACACCAUUGUGCACUGUAGUUCUGUUGUGGAUUCAUUGCUUUAAU